AUGCCUUACCACGACAUCUCCCCAUCCAUACGGAUAAACUACACCGUCCACCAGCCGCCCAUGCCCACGACCAGACCGUGGCUCGUGCUGAUAAACGGCCUCGCGGACCCGCAGACAACCUGGGCCGCACAAGUCCCGGCCUUCACGGAGGCAGGAUACACGGUGCUCACGUACGACAACCGCGGAGUGGGAUUGUCGUCGCGCCCGGAGACCGCCGACGAAGUCUACACCGCGGCCGCCAUGGCGUCUGAUCUGCGCAGCCUGGUCAAGACGCUCAACCUGCCCGCCGCAGCGCCGUACCACGUCAUAGGCGUCAGUAUGGGUGGGAUGAUCGCGCAGACCUACGCGCUGGCCUACGGCGUGCCCGGGGCCGAAGGGGAGGGCGAAAUCGCCAGCCUCACGCUGGCGUGCACGUACGCCGCGCCCGGCCCGUUCUGCAGCAGGAUGUUUGCCCUGUGGCGCGAGAUGGCGCAGCGCAUGUCUGUCGCCGACGUCAUGCGCGACGUCGCCCUAUGGGCGUUCACGCCGGCCUUCUUCGCCGACCCGGCCCGCCGCGACGACCUCGCCGCCAUGGAGGAGGAGAUGGCUCGUAUCGACACCGACAUGGGCCUCCGCAGCUAUCUCGCGCAAUUGAACGUCAUCACCGAAUUCGACACCAGGGCCGAGGUGGGGAGACUGGCGGCAGCAGCAGCAGCAGCAGCAGGGAUGCAGGUCGUCGUGCUGGCGGGCGAAGGAGACAUUCUGAUACCUGUGGUGCUGUCCAAGGAGUUGCACGCGUUGAUUCCAGGCAGUCGUUGGCGCGCCACAAGGGGCGGACACGCUUGUAUGUGGGAGUUCCCGGACGAGUUCAACCGGGCGUGUCUCGAAGAGUGGAGGGCUGUGGAGGGGACCGUGAUGGCCACCGCCAACGAGGCAUGA